AAUACUAUUAUAUUAGAAAAGUCAUAUUUUUUCCUAUUUCUUCUUUUUUAACCCUUCCGCUCAAAUAAAUUUGGUUUUCUUGAUCCCAGUUCCACAGAAGGUUUUCUUUUUCUGCUCUUGUUUGGUUAUGGAUUCAUGAAUCAAGUAGAUUUGGCAAGAACACAUGGCUCUGGUGAAGAUUUGCUGGGUUGUUGUAGUUUCAGCUUUAAUUCUUCUGGUUCAUCAUGCUUCCCCUGUGAUAGCUGGGGACAUAGUUCAUGACGAUGAUUCAACUCCGAAGAAGCCUGGAUGCGAGAAUCAGUUUGUGCUGGUAAAAGUGCAAACUUGGGUCAAUGGUAUGGAGGAUGCCGAAUUUGUUGGUGUGGGUGCCAGAUUUGGCACAACCAUUGUUUCAAAAGAGAAAAAUGCUCGGCACACUCGCCUUAUUCUUUCAGACCCUCGAGAUUGUUGCAGUCCACCAAAGAAUAAGCUUGCAGGAGAUGUCAUCAUGGUGGAUAGAGGCAACUGUAAAUUCACAACAAAAGCAAAUAAUGCUGAAAAUGCUAAUGCUUCAGCUAUCCUCAUUAGAAACAACCAAAAAGAGCUUUACAAGAUGGUUUGUGAACCAGAUGAAACUGAUUUAGAUAUACACAUACCCGCUGUAAUGCUCCCACAAGAUGCAGGUACAAGGUUGGAGAAAAUGCUGAUGACUACUUCAUAUGUGUCCGUGCAGCUAUACUCUCCACCUCGACCAGCUGUUGACAUAGCAGAAGUAUUUCUAUGGUUGAUGGCAGUUGGUACCAUACUAUGUGCAUCUUGUUGGUCAGCAUGGAGGGUCAGAGAAGCAGCUAUUGAUCAGGACAAGCUACUAAAGGAUGCAGCAGAUGAAAUCCCAAACACUGAAGAACGGGGUGUCAGUGGAGUUGUGUAUAUAAAUGCAAAAACUGCUGUUCUUUUUGUAGUGGUUGCUUCAUGUUUCCUGUUUAUGCUAUACAAACUCAUGUCAUCAUGGUUCAUUGAAGUCUUGGUUGUUCUCUUCUGUAUUGGUGGGAUUGAGGGCUUGCAAACUUGCUUGGCCGCUUUAUUGUCAAGGUGUGAUAACUUGUUAUCUAGCCUAUGGCUCUCAAUUGUUUCUUCAAUCUUAGCAUCCAGAAAGUGGUUCAAACAUGCUAGCGAGUCAUAUAUCAAAGUACCUUUGUUUGGAGCUAUCUCAUACCUGACAUUGGCUAUUUCUCCAUUCUGCAUAGCAUAUGCUGUUCUCUGGGCAGUUUAUCGCAAUGUCUCUUUUGCCUGGAUAGGCCAAGAUAUACUUGGCAUUGCACUAAUAAUUGCGGUUCUCCAGAUUGUUCAUAUACCUAACCUCAAGGUUGGCACAGUUCUUCUUGGUUGUGCCUUUCUGUAUGACCUCUUUUGGGUGUUUGUGUCCAAGAAGUUGUUCAGUGAAAGUGUGAUGAUUGUGGUAGCUCGAGGAGAUAAAAGUGGAGAAGAUGGUAUUCCAAUGCUCCUGAAGUUCCCACGCAUAUUUGAUCCAUGGGGCGGUUACAGCAUAAUAGGAUUUGGAGACAUCCUUUUGCCAGGAACACUAGUAGCAUUCGCACUCAGGUAUGAUUGGCUGGCAAACAGGAGCCUCCGAGGUGGAUACUUCUUGUGGGCAAUGUUUGCAUAUGGCUUUGGUCUACUGACUACUUAUGUGGCACUGAACUUGAUGGACGGACAUGGCCAACCAGCUCUGCUCUAUAUUGUUCCAUUCACUCUUGGGACCUUUUUGACAUUGGGAAGGAGGAGAGGAGAUCUGAGGAAUUUGUGGACCAGAGGGGAACCAGAAAUACCUUGUCCACAUGUCAGACUCCAACAGAUUGAUGAAGUAAACAAUGGAUGAUGUUUGAACUUGAAUUGUGUGUAAUAUAUUAAAUCUACGUAAUGCAUCACUAAUCAUCAUAACAUUGGGACCAAAACCAGCUUGUCAAGGCCUAGUAUCAGGUAAUUGUAUGGAAUCAUUCCUUUAAAGGAAGUCAGGGCUCUGACAUAACAGAUCAACAAUCUGCUUGUGUUGAGAAAUUUUGACUCACUGGGUUGCUUAGAGCUUGGUGUACUAUCACUCCUACCUCAAUUGUGGUUGACUAUCGAAAUUGUAUUUCGGUCAUUUCAACCAUGGCGAAAGUCCCAGAACAUUAAGUUA